CAGAUCUGGUGUUUUCAGUUUCACGUAAUCUUCACCUAAUGGGAAAAUCACCUGGGAAAUGGAUUAAGAUGGUGUUUUCUAGAAAGAAAUCUUCCAAAACCGGUUACCAUAAAGGAAGGGAGAAUGUUGCCAAUGUAAAGAAGGCAUUGGAUGAGAUCAGGGCAUCAGAAACUGAAGUUGCUGUGGCUCCAUCCUUUUCUUCACACCUUAAUCCAUAUGCCAAUGAGAGGGAUGAAAGGGAAUUAGAAGUGGAAAACAAUGAAGCUGCAAAUAUCUCUAAUGAUGACGGGAUAUCAAUGUCGGUGAGUCAAGGCAUAGAUUCUCCAAAUUCCAUUCUCCAAGAUUCGCAACAUGAUCCAGAGAGGCUGAAAGAAAAACUGGCAGCAACCAUUGUUCAAGCUGCUUUUAGGGGUUACCUGGCUUGCCAAGCAUUUGGGUCCCUCAAAGGAAUUAUAAGGCUGCAGGCACUUAUUCGUGGUCACUUGGUUAGAAGACAAGCAAUUACUACUUUGUGCUGUCUAAUGGGAAUUGUCAAGCUACAAGCUCAUGUCCGUGGAGUAAUGGCCAGACAUUUUGAUGGUGGUCUUGAAGUGCAGAAGAAAUGCAAUCAAAUGAACCUUCGGGAGAGCAAGCCUGUGGUUUCUCUUGGAGUGAAUAUGCCUGCACGCAUUGGAAGGUUGUCAGGAAAUGCUUUUGUUCGUAAGCUUGUUGCUUCAUCAUUUCCUGUAAUGCCUUUGUUCCUCCAAGUUGAUGCUGGGGAACCAAAUUCAGUCUGGAACUGGUUAGAGCGCUGGUCAGCAUCUUACUUCUGGAAAUCAGUUCCUCAACCAAAGAAAGCCUCCAUCUCUAAGUUGCAGAGGAAACAGGCUAAUGGUCAUGUUGAAAUUGAUACAGGUCGACCAAAACUGAGUGUUCGCAGGAUUCGUACUGCAAAUCUGGAUGGUACCUCUGAAUUUGGCAAGCCCAAGCAUAACCUGAGGAAACUUUCCAGCCAUCCCGCUGAGUUGUUAGUGCAGGAAAACCCGCAAAACGAGCUUGAAAAGGUUAAACGCAACUUGAGAAAAGUUCAUAAUCCUGUAGUAGAAAAGUCAGUGCAGUCGGAGGUUGAAUUUGAAAAGUCAAACCCAAGUUCGGAGGAGGUCUCAAGCGCUUCUAAUAUAGAUACCGUGGAACAGAGCCAGAAUAGUUUGGCUGAGAAGACAAAUAAAGAGAUGGCCUUGAUGGUAAAUGGUUCAGCUGAAAAGAUGAAGAAUGAGAUGCCUGUGACAGUAACUAGCUCAACUGAGGAGAUGACUUCAAGAAAUAGCUCAGCUGAGAAGAUGGACAAUGAGAGAGCCUUGAAAAUAAAUAACUCAACUGAAAAGAUGAAAAAAGAGACGGCCAUUACAGUAAAUGGUUCAGCUGAGAAGACGAGACAAGAACCAGCUACAGCAAAUGGCUCAACUGAGAAGAUGAAGAAAGAGACAAUCUUGACAGUAAAUAGCUCGGGUGAGAACGUGAAGAAAGAGGCAGUCUUGACAAUAAAUAACUCAGCUGAGAAGGUGAAAAAUGAAAUGGCCAUGAAAGUAAAUAGCUCAGCUAAGAAGAAGAGACAAGAGACAGAUUCAGUAAACAGCUCAGCUGAGAAGGUGAAGGAAGAGACGGCCUCGACAGUAAAAAGCUCAGCUGAGAAGGUAAAGAAAGAGAUUGCUGUGAAAGUGAAUGGCUCAGAUGAGAAGAUGAAAAGAGGGACGACCAUGGCAGUUUCAAAAUCACUCGACACUGAAUCUGUGUCGGGGCCAUUUGUGAUGAAUGAGACAUUAAAUAUAUUUCAUGCAGAUCCCACUAUUGUUGAUUCAAAACCUUCGACAGAUAGAACUGUGAAGGACAAUAAAACUUCCAUAGCAAAUGUGGAGCUGAAAAAGAAGGAUGAGUUAAUGAACAAUGAAAAUCAGAAAUCUGGCAGGAAAGCUUCUAAUUCUGCAAAACAAGAUCCUACUGAAAAUGGACCUCAAAUCAGUCCUCCAUUGCCAAGCUACAUGGCAGUAACUGAAUCUGCUAAGGCUAAGCUGAGACUGCAACACUCUCCUCGAUCCGCCCAGGAUGGAGAUGACAAAAUUAACCUCACUCGUCGCCAGUCUUUGCCAUUAUCAGCUCACUGUAAAAGCAGGUCACAGUCACCAAGGGGACAGAGACUGGUUCAUGCAGGAAAAGAAGGGAUCAAAAAUGACAGACCAUUGUCAUCCAGAGACAGAAAUGCAAAGGUGACUCAAGUCGGGUGGAGGAGAUGAUCUCAAUAAUAGGUCCAAAAUUCAUAUGUUUUCUGGUGUAUAAAAAUUAUUAAAAUAUGCUACGAAAUCUAAACAGGGUCAAUAAUAGGUGUGCAUAGGAUACAGGCCGUGUGCCUCUGAAAGGUUCCGUAUUCUCUCGGUGUCUGUGAGAGGAGUGUAAAUCGAUAGGGUUUUGAACUUUCAACAUGGCCACAAAAAUAAUCAUCUUUGUCGUGAAAUUUUCAUUUCGUUUGUUUGUACUAA